AUGGGUAAUGUAACGAACAAAGGAGGGAGCACUAAUUUUGCGAGUCGUAUUGAUGAGCAAAAUGAUAAGAGGGAAACAAAAUUGACAUGGAAGCCGAAGAGGAAUGUGAAAUUGGUGAUCAGAAAACCCCAAAAACUGUUUCCAAACACAUAUCUGCUUGUUGGAUGCUGCAAUGAUGAGAUCACACACAAGUAUAAGGGAAAAACUGUUAUGACUGACAAGGAACGCUAUGAAUCUCUUCGCCACUGCAGGUGGGUUGAUGAAGUUAUACCAGAUGCGCCAUGGGUAAUCACACAGGAAUUCAUUGACAAGCAUCAAAUUGACUAUGUGGCUCAUGAUUCUCUUCCUUAUGCUGAUACAAGUGGAGCUGGAAAGGAUGUCUAUGAAUAUGUUAAGUCUAUUGGAAAGUUUAAGGAAACAAAGCGGACUGAUGGAAUUUCUACUUCAGAUAUCAUAAUGAGAAUAAUCAAAGAUUAUAAUCAGUAUGUAAUGCGUAACUUGGACCGUGGUUAUACCAGAAAGGAUCUGGGUGUCAGCUAUGUCAAGGAGAAGAGGUUGAGAAUGAACAUGGGACUUAAAAAAUUGCGUGAGAGAGUGAAGAAGCAGCAAGAGACAGUGGGAAAGAAGAUACAAACAGUAGCGGGAAUGAGGCGUACUGAAUGGAUCGAAAAUGCCGAUCGAUUGGUAGCUGGUUUCCUCGAAAUGUUUGAAGAAGGCUGCCACAAAAUGGGAACAGCAAUCAGAGACAGAAUUCAAGAAAGAUUGAGAGCGCAGCAGAUAAAAUCUCUUCUUUAUGAUGAGUGGGAAGAAGAUGAUGAUGAUUUCAUUAUCCAAAAUGAUAGAAAAAUAGAGGGACAUGGAAAUUAUAUGAUUUAA